AUGAUUAAAACUUUUUGUCCUCAUUUAUUUCUAUUAAUUAUUGGCUUUAUUCUUUUAUUAUUAUUUACUAUUGUCAAUUGUAAUAAUAAUAAUGAUGAUACAAUUGAAGCAACAUUAUUUGAAAAAAGACUAACAACAAAAACGACGAAAAAUCAUUUAUAUGAUUUAUUAGAACAAGCAAAUUUAAAUGAUGAAGAGAUGAAUACUUUUAUUCAAGAUUUAUUGCAACCAUUUCCUAAUCGUCGAUCAUCAUUCUAUGCUAUGCGAGGCAAACGACGAGCUACUUAA